UUUAACUUAAGCAAAACUUGUGAAUUCUUUGAGGCUGGACUUUUCUUCUAAGGGAUAAAAUAAAUUUUUGAAACUAACUAUGGCGAAUCGAACUGUGAAAGAUGCACAAUCAGUAAGGGGAACGAAUCCCCAGUAUCUCAUCGAAAAAAUUAUACGAUCUCGAAUCUAUGAUGCCCGAUAUUGGAAAGAAGAAUGUUUUGCUCUUUCAGCUGAAUUGCUUGUUGAUAAAGCUAUGGAACUGAAAUAUAUUGGUGGAGUUUAUGGAGGCAACAUAAAACCAACACCGUUUCUUUGUCUUGUUUUAAAAAUGCUACAGAUUCAACCGGAAAAAGACAUCGUCAUUGAAUUUAUCAGGCAAGAAGAUUUUAAAUAUGUUCGGGCACUUGGUGCAUUUUAUAUGCGCCUUGUGGGCACAUCUUUAGAUUGUUUCAAAUACCUUGAGCCCUUGUAUAACGAUUAUAGGAAACUUAGAAUUCAGAAUAGGCAAGGACAGUUUGAAUUAAGUUACAUGGAUGAAUUUAUUGAUCUACUUUUGCAUGAAGAACGAUUAUGUGAUGUUAUAUUGCCUCGUAUCCAAAAAAGACACAUUCUUGAAGUUAAUAAUGAGCUAGAACCAAGAGUAAGUGCACUGGAAGAUGAUUUGGACGAGCCUGAAUCAGAAGAUGAAGAAUUGAAGGAGAAUAUAACAAAUGUUGUUCACGAAAAGCCUCGUACUAAAAGUUCCAGUGAAGUCUCUCGUAAAGAACACUCUUCUCGCCGUAGACACAGCCCAUCACCUCACCGACAUCGUUCUUCCAGACAUCAAGAGAGGGAAAGUAGCAGGCGUCAUCACAGAAGUCGUUCUAGAGAAAAGCAUCAUCAUUCAAAACGAGAUGAAAGAUCAGACAGAAAACAUCGAUCAAGAUCUCCUCGCAGGAGGCGAGAUCGUGAUAGAAAAAGCCAUUACAGUAAGCACUGAAAGUGAAUAUAAGGAUUUUGUAAUUGCCUUCAUUGUAGUAUACAUAAUGUACAAAUUAUUCUGCUUGUAUGAUAUCACCAAAUAUCAUUUAAAUUCAUGAGCAUUUUGAAAAGAAUUAUUUGUGAAGAUCCUUGCGAUGAACAGAAUUUAGUUAAGUGUCAUUAAUAUGUUGUCAUUAUAUCUGAGUAUCAUUUAUAUGUUGAAAAUAACAAUGUCAUAGUUUCUCUAAUGAGUAUGUAAAAUUUACGAAGCACCUUAUUAUUUCAUGGAUGAAAUUUGUGUAUAUUUAUAUAAUUCUUGAUAAUAAUUAAUGUUGCAUUUAUGCUUUGAAUGGUGUAAGUUUUAAAUUUUUUUUCAUAUAAUAAAAAUGCCUGUAUAUAAUCUUCCAACAUUUUUUUUUUUUAUCAUUUUGUAUAAUUAUAACCACAACAAAUAACAGAAAAAUCAUCUAUAAUUAUUAUAGCUCACUUAUGGAAAUUUAAUAUGAGUCUUUGAUAGUGUAAUAAUUUUUCUUUUGCUUAAUUACUCUUUCUUGAAUUAUCUCCUCUUUUUUAAAAUGUUUUAUGAUAGUUAUAAGAACUUAAGUAAGUUUUUUCUAGCUACUCAUUUUGUUGCUUUUACGAGACCUUAUUUAUGUUUAUCAAGGAUAAUUUGUUGCUUUAACUGGAGUUGGAUCCAGUUAGAUCAAUAACAUAACUACAUUCGUAUAUUAUUUUUUUCCAUUAAUAAUUUUGGUUUUAGGUUUCCACAGUGUUAUUAUUGAUAUCUUACUUAAUGAUAAAACCGUUUUUAAAAAUAUUUGAUAAAGUAUAUUUAAUCCAAUUGAAAAAUAAUAGAUGUCACAAUAUUAAAGCAUUGUUAAUAAUUAUAUUCUAUUACAGUAUUAGAGUUGGAAUUGCAAUGAUUUAAAAUCUUUCCUUUUUUAUGUACACGCGAUGCAACAUUUAAGGAAAAGUUGUUCGAUACUAAGCCAAAAUGUUUGCUUUAAUUCUGAAUAUAAACUAUUCAAAUUUUAUAAAUAACUUCAAAUGCUAAUUAAUUAUUAUAGCAAAUGAAAUUUUCUUACUGUAAAAAAAAUGAAAAACUGUAAAUUUGAAG